AUGACUGUUUCAAUGGAGCAUAAAAGAAAGACUUCAUGGGAUUCAAAGACGUCUACUAACUUCAGUAUAUUUUCGAACCUUUACAGUGUUUCAAUUGCGUUGGAGUAUAAACAGAGGUUACAAUGUAAUGAGAGUUGGUACCUUUGGUCCAAUCAUCUCGAAAGUAAUGCAUUGGAGAUAAAGUCACCCUUUAAUAGCCUCUUGCUCUGGUGUACGGUGAAAGUGGAGCUCACAUUUACCUUUAGAGUGUAA